GAAACUGCUGGAUGCGGAAUCGUGAGGUUUGUCCCUUCCGACUUUCUGUCGAACGGCGUCAACAUGUCGGCCCCCUUGGUGUCUCUACACAGAUGUUGCCAGCGGUCUCUCUGCCUCCUUGUUGCUAAGCGACAAUGGAGCACAAGCUCAACUUCUCCUCUGCAGAAGAGGCUCCUCCUCUUCCUCACCCAGCGUUUCUAUGAUGUGGAGAUGCUCCUGAGCUGGAGGUCUCAAGCGAAAAGAAACCAGCUAAGGAGGAAGAAUGUUUACUUUGGCUACACACAGAGUUUUCAUGGGCACGACAUAGCAUCAGCAUAUUUCAUCUUGAGUCUGAAGGGAGGAUUUAGGUACGUCGGUCAGUCAGAGUGGUUUCGUGCAAACCGGAGGGGCAAAUUCAGCUGGGACUUCUUGAAUCAUGAAAACACACCUCUAGAAGAAGUAGACAUGAGCUACACUGCCAUCAGCUACACAGGACUUGAUAAUCUGGAGAGGCAGCGAUCUUUGCGGACUCUAAAAUUAAAAGGCUGCCCUCAAGUGGACGACUGGUUCCUGGCCAGGCUUCAUAUGUUCCAGGACUCUCUGGAGGAGCUAGACAUUUCCCACUGUCCACACAUCUCCACAGGCGGCCUGGCUGCGCUCAGGAAUCUCAAGGGACUGAAGCAUCUGGAUGUCUCAUCCCUCCCUGGGAUUUCAAAUCCUGGGCUGGUCAUCAUCCUGCUGGAGGAAAUGUUACCACAGUGCCAGAUCACAGCUAAUGGCUACGACCACGAUCUGAGUAAGGUGGGAGAAGAGGACAAGGAAGAGGAGCAAACACAAAGACGGAGGUAGCACGUGGAUUGGCAUAGACAUCAGAGCGGAAACGGACAGAAUCCUC